CCAGCCAGUCUUCCAUAAACAUUAUACCCCUCUUUCCAAUUCUAGCAACAAUUGAAGCAGAAAACAAAAUGGACCUGGACACCAGUUUGGUCCAGCUCGGCCCAGUAUGGCCUUGUUUCCUCCAGUUCUUCAAAGCAAUAGUUAGUGCAGAGUGAUGCUAUUUAUGAUUUGCAAGUGGAUGUUGUUGGUUUUCAGUGUCGGGUGCUGGUGGCUGGUGUUUUAGCUCAGUUGUGGAGAUUUGGGGAAAUAGUUGAUUUUAUUUUCUGCUUUGGUUUUUGUUUGCCCUUCCUCCUCCAAUCUCCUCCAUCCACUCCCUGCAUUGCUCCCUUCUUCUCUUCUGCUUACCUCUUUCUGAUGGUUCGUCCCCCCCCAACCUACCUUGUUUUCUCCAUUCAUCUGCUCCCUCCCUUUACACUUUCACCUUCCUCUUCCACCCAUUCCUCUUCUGUCCCACUUUAUCCCCUCUGUCAUUCCUCUCCUCUUCCCCUUCUUCUCCAUUUCUGCCUUUGUUUUAUCCUUCCUCUUCCUCCACCCACUUCACCUCCUCCUCUCACAGCGCAGUUGGAUCGUAUAGAUGAGGGCUUGGAUCAGAUUGGCUCUGAUAUGAAGGAGGCUGUGAAAAACCUGACGGACCUGGGCAAGUGCUGUGGCCUCUGCUCCUGUGAGAAACUCAAGGCCAUUGAGAAGAACAUGGUGUACAAGGCAGUUUUGGGUGGAGCCUCCAGUCAGGAUGGUGUUGUGUCCAGUCAGCCGCCGUCGUCUCGAGUCGCUGAUGAGAGGGAGCAAAUGGUGAUGAGCGGAGAAUACAUAACAAGGGUGACUCAUGAUGGCCGUGAGGCCGAGAUGGAGGACAACAUGAAUCACAUCAGCAGCAUCAUUGGAAAUGUGAAGAGUAUGGCUGUGGACAUGGGCCAAGCCAUCGACAGGCAGAAUGACCAGAUUGAGAAUAUACAGAGCAAGGUUAAUAUAAAUAAGGCCCGCAUCAACACUGCCAACAAGAAAGCUAACAACCUCAUGAAACGAUAGGAGAAGCGCGCUUACAUUUCGCUCGGAUUCAUCCUACUUGCAAUUACUAUGUUUUUGCAUGCUGUGCCAAUGUGUUGCUGCUGUUAAUCUUAUCAGUCACAUUUUAGGAAAUGUUUUAUCAUGGAAAUGUCCUGCAAUAUAAUUUCUCUCAUGUUCCUAUCAGUAACCUAGUGACCUAUGAGGUGUUUCAUGAUCCUUUAUCUUCUGUUGUAUUUCUGUUUGUGCCCAUAAUAUUCUGUUAGGGGCUUGUAAUUUUGCUGUGAUACUUAUAUGACAUAUCCUUCUGAAAUGUAUCAUGUCUCCUCAUUAUAGCUCUUUUGGGGGCAUUUCACACCAGGGCCUUUGCAACUUUAAAUGUCAAAAUCCGUAUUCCCCCUCGAGAGUUAGAUCCCUGUGCGGAAACUGGGUCACCGCAGCAUCACCAUCACCACCAGCAGCAGCAGCAGAGAGCAGAA